AUGGUUAAUAUGCUGAAUGUUCAAGAAACUCAAGAGAUUUAUCACUUUAUUAUAAACUCUCAUGUUAUUUCUGAUCAACUAAAAGAACGUUAUGUCAAUAUAAUAAACUUGAUUCUUUUUGGAAUGGCCGAAGACCGUUAUGGACGUUUAGUACAAGCAAAUAAUAGCCGUGAUCCAGAGAUGCUCCUUUUACACAUUUUUGAGUUAAAACAAAGAAUGACUAUUGGCUCAAUAACACCCCGUGCUCUUUCCAAAUUUAUUGAAGAGGUUAAAUCGGAAGGUAAUCAGAGACCUAAUAAGUGGCAAUAUGAGGAAUUUGUUAAAGAAUUGGAGAACAAAUGGGCUAUUGCUGUUUUUAAAUAUUUAUUAACUUUGUAUCACUAUAAUGUUGAUCAAUUAAUAAUUAAAACGGCAGAAACUGAUGAGGAUGAAGAAGGAAAUCAAGCCCAAUUCCAUUUUAAAAUUUUGAGUUCAACUACAUUUUGGAUACAAAUUAAAGGGGUAGAAAAUGCAGCAAAAGAAUACUAUUCAAAAAAUGAUUCAGCAAUUGUUGUAGCUGUAGGUGAUGCAAACACAAGUGCCCAUUUCUUUACUGGAAGCGGAUUAGGCACAGGUGAACUAAUUUCAGUUUACUAUCGGUUCAGCCUUGGAAAUAACUAUAGUUCAGUUCAAAAAAAACAAAUAUUUAUUCAGAGCGUUAAAAAUUUAUAAUUAGUAUAUAUAUUGGCGCUAUAUGAAAUUAGGUUGGGAAUCGUUUUUUUUUCAUUACUUUUCUCUACUUUUUUCCUCCCUUGACAUGAUAUAAUGGUCAGCAUUUUCUUCCUUUUUCAAUUCCAUUAAAUUUGCCUUUGGCAUAAUCAAAUGCGGACCAACCUAAUUUCAUACACACACACUGACAGACAAAACCAGGACGGACACGGACGAAACUCGGACAGACAACACACAGACAGACAGAACACGGACGAAACUCAGACAGACAACACACGGACGAACACG